AUGACAGGUCCAGACAGCAUGGUUGCAAACAAGAGACAAAAGUUGAGUCAUAAUGUGGCCCCGCAACUCAAGAUGUUGCCAAAGCUGCAGACCAAAGAGUGUCAAAGACAGCCUUCUGAAAUGCAAUUCGCGAUUCCCACCCGAAAAGUGGCCGACCAUCUGUUGAAUCUGUAUUGGGAUUUCGUCGAUAGUGCGUAUCCCUGGCUUGACAGACCCUCAAUUGAAAUCGCAUAUGAAACACUGUGGACCAAGAACGGCAAACUGUCUAUGAACGAGAAAGCGUUGCAUUGCAUCCUAAAUCUCAUGUUUGCGACAUCUUGUGUGGCUUCUCAGGGCCAACCGCCUCUCUCUCGGUAUCAAUCUUCAGUUGAAUUCUUUGAGAGAGCUCAAGAAUUGAUGUCAUAUGAGCUUAUGGAUGUCUACAAUUUCGAGAUUAUUCAAAUCCUGUUGCUUACGGCAGUGUACCUCCAGCAUGACAAGAUGCCUCAAAAGUGUUUCCGCAAUAUCAGCACGGCAAUCCAUAUUGCUCAGGAGCUUGGCUUGCAUAUCCCAGAGAAUAUUGAAGUCAUUGAAGAUCCGCGCGAGCGCGAUCUUGCCCGCCAAGUUUGGAAUGGAUGUGUCAUAAUGGAUAGAAUCGCGUCCAUGACAUUUGGCUGUGACCUCAAAGUACCACAAUCUGUGGCAAAACAAGGAUUGAACUCACUUGUGCUUAAUACGACUGCUGCGAACAUUGGCACUGCGGCUCUACCCUCGAAAGUGAACUUCUAUAUAUCGUUCUGCCGACUGCAUCAUAUUAUCGGGGAAGUCUUGGAAACUUUCUACAUCUCCAAGGAAGCGUCGAUGCCUGAUUCAAGCGAAGGCGUCACCGGGCUGGACUCAAAUUCAAUUCCCUUUGAGAAGUUUGCAAGCUUGUUUAGGAUCGAGUCUGAUCUGAAACAUUGGGCUGGAAACCUCCAUCCUUUCUUCAAAAUGCCAUCAGACUUUGAAGACCAAACGCCAACGAAACAUAUCACCCGUGAAGCAAAUGUUUUACGCGCCCGAUAUCUUUCCGUUCGACUCCUUCUAUUCAGAUCUUUUCUGCUACAGAUGAACCACCAAAACUCGAAUGUCAUAUCGGAGCGCAGUCUGUAUUCAGAUGACCAAAUCAUGCAGCACGUAGUCUCACAUUGUCAGAUCCAGUGCACGCAGGCCGCAGCGGAAAUUAUUGAAUUCAUCACCAGGAACCUACCCGGGCAGACAGAAGCAUACAUUCUACCUUCAAACUGGUACACUGUCUCAUACGUGUAUAUGGCCGUGACCAUUCUCCUCGCAGUUCAAACGUCGAAACAAAUAGUAGAACACUUCUCUGCUGCUCGUUUGAAAGGUCUUCUAUAUAGUGCCCGUGAUAUUCUGAAAGCAUACGAAAGCCAUACAACUCUAGCAUCGAGGUGUGGCUCUGUUCUGCGCUUAAUCGAAGACAACGUUGAUAUCCAUGACUCUGGAUUGGGAGCUGGAGUUGAAGUCCCGGAUGAGCCACAUCGUGACGAAGCCUCCUUGCCAAAGGAACCUUGGGAACGAGAAGAUCAUCGGAAGCACUCGCUGGACUUGGCGUGGGUUGAUAAUUACACAUUUGACUGGAAUGAGUGGCCUAUGUUCUUUGCCCAGCUCGACUAG